ACGAAAAAAAAAAUUAUAAAAUAUGUAUAAUUAAUGUCAUUAGUGGUUAUUUAUAAAUUAUUUAACAAGUUGAUUUAUUUUGUGUGAAUGAAAUCAUUUAUUAAUUCAAAUUUUAAGUGUUGUUAGUUUAUUAUUAUUAUUAUUAUUAUUUAUUCUGUUAUCUGUUAAAAAUACUGGAAACAAUAUUGCCUUAAUAUAAAAAAUAAGGAUCCUUCGAAGGUGACACUUUAUACGGCAAGACACAAUAAUGAUGACUUGUUUGGUAGUUAUAAUACUGGUUGUGAUUACUGUUACGGCGGCACCUUUAAAAGUAAAAUUAUCGGAUGAUAUUGUUGUUAAUAAUGACAUAAAACAUGAUGACGAAGAAUCUAAUAGUUUAAUUAAAAAAAUAAAUGACAGCAAUAAAGAAGAUAAAAAUAAUUUAUCUACAUUAAAAUCAAAAAAAGAUAAUUUUAAUGAAAAAUCAUCAUAUUAUCAAAAAUAUUCGUAUAUGAUACCAGAAAAUAAAUACUUAUCAUCGUUAUAUGAUGCAAAAGAAAAAUUAAUUUAUAACAAAAAAAUUAAAGAUAGUAAUAUAUUUUACGUUCGUUUACCACCAGUUCCUUAUUUUUAUGUACCAGGACUUGGUUACAUUUCAAAUCCACCAAAAUUCUCUACGUCCAAUUUAAGGCCUGGUUAUAGUAAUAAAUUACCGUCAUUUAUUGCUCAAAAUCAUCAUCACAAAAAAAUAAAUCCAUUUAUAAAUUUACCGAUUGAUUUUAUAAGUAAUGGAAAACCUAUGUCAGUAUAUCAAUGGGAAAAUCCUUUCAAAAAUAAAAAAAAACAAAGUUCAAUAAAAAAAUUAAAAAAAGGACCUUACGGAUUUAAUGGUAAACCAACAUCGAUAUAUUUGAUUGGACCUGAUGCUCAAACAUCAUUCUAUCAUCACAUAUACCAAUAGUGAAUUAAUUUCAUCAUUAUUCGGGGUAUAUCUUAAUAACAGAGGUUGUGUUUAUACGUAUAUAUACGUAUUAGAAAACCAGCACAUGUGCACAUAGACACCCACUAUUCGUAGAAUAUUCAUAUUGAUAUAGUGGACGUGAACUAUAAUAAAUUUUAGUUGUAUUUUUAUUUAUUUUAUUUCUAGUGUAUGUCUUUUUUCCCUUAUUUAAAUUAAAGAUUAUAAGAUUUUAUAGAUCCGUAUAGCAAUAGUCAAUAUCAAACUCGUUUUAAAUUUAAAAUUCCCAAG